GAAAGCAGUUGUCGCUGUGGUCCAAAUUGUGAGCAGCUCCUGCAUUCUGUUAGAUUCUCACGGCUUUGGACGUACUUAGGUUCACGGCGAUGGAAAGGUUGCAACUGCAUAAAGCGCUCUAACUCGAGUCUUUUAUGUCGAACCAAGACGUGCGAGUGUUUUCUUGCCCAUCGUGAAUGUGACCCGGAGAUGUGUCGCAAGUGUCGAUCCAAGUGGGCAAAUCACCUUCGUGCCGUGCUACUUUGAAUAUUGUUCACAGAGGCUAGUUGACAGUCAAACUCAUGACGCCGGUCUAAAGCAUGAGCAGAUUGUGAUACCCGGACAUGCCGCAACGCAGAUAUCCAAAAGGGGCUGUGGAAGAAAACCAAAGUUGCCAGAGGGAGCUUUGGAUUAGGUCUCUUCAUGGAGGAACCGGCUCUCAGUGGCGAUUUGAUCAUCGGUAUGCGCUCUGUUCUGUUUGUCUGCGUUCUGAAGAAGCCUUUGCAGAAUAUCUUGGUCAAAUCAUCCACGAUUUGACUGUGGAUUCACGAGAUCCUAUUGCAAUCCAUCGACAUCGGAACUAUGUGUUCCAACUGAACAAAACACUUUCUAUUGAUGGGACUUACGCAGGGAAUAACUCGCGUUACAUCAAUCAUGACCAGCGUAAACCUAACUGUGAAGCGAGAAUUCUUCUGGUCAAUGGCGAACAUCGCAUUGGCAUUUUUGCAACACGCUCUCUUUGGGCCAAAGAAGAGGUGUUAUUUAAUUAUGGGCCGGCGUUCUUCCAAGAGAAUGAAUUGCCGAAGAGCUAG